AUGCCACUUCCUAAACAUACAGUUCAACCGGUCAAACUCAGUCAGGUAAUUGUCCCGAAUGGCAUCGACAAUGAGUUGGAAUUUGUGGUUAAUUCCACGGUCUGCAAUGUCAUGAGACAGAUAGCAUCAGUUAGCCGAUUGGCCAACACCAUGUUCGAAGAACUCACUACCGAUUUUUCUCGACUAGUUGAGCGGACUGUUCGUCUGCAAAAUCGUCUGGGAAAACUUCAUGAAGAUAUGCAAAUGGCGCGCAGCGGUGACGAAGACCUUACUGCUGGAGUACAAGAAGUUGAGAUUCCGGUGUUCUCUAGCAAAAAACCAACUGAUAGCCAGGUAUUAAAUCAAAAUACCAUACCUCCUUCUAUGCGGUCACAAUAUGAUCAAGCAGAAGCAGCUCCAGCACUUCAACAAAUGGAUGAACUUAGAGAUGAUAAGAAAACUAGCAUGAGGUUGUAUUCAGAUCCCAGCUUUUUCUUUGAUUUAUGGAGUCAGGAAAUGUUACAAGAUCGCAAACAUAAAAGAGCCGCCAAGAAAAAAAGACCAAAAGGAAAGGGAAAAGCUGCUCCACUUAAAAGUGGAUCUAAUCAGGGAGCUCAGAAACCUCAACUUAUCAUUCAGCAACCAGGAGUUGGUGGCCAUAAACUUCCUGCACCGUUAUUCGAACAAAACGGUCCUGUUAAUGCCAGUUCUCAUAUGGAUAGGAAUGUCAAUAUUGUCAACGGUAAACCCACCCAGCAUCAGUUUCUAAAUAAUGGGGAUUUCGGAAAUCCUUCAUUACCUCCUCCGCCACCUCCACCAAAUGCUCUUCAUUCGUCAACACAAGUUGAUAAUGUACAGGAUUUUCGACACGCAUCUAAUCAGAAGAGUGGUUAUUGCCCAACUAAACCUGACCUUAGUGGUGUUAAUCAUCUAAUGGAAAAUUUAACUGGACAGUUUAGAAAUACUCCAUGGGAUACAUAUGAAGGUUGUGAUUCAUCCUUAAUAAAUACAUCAAAUUUAAUAAUUCAGAACGAUCGAAUAAGUUGUGGAGUAUCUAUGUUGUUAGGAGCAUGGUCCGGUUAUGUACUACCAGUUAUAUCUAUCUUAGGACUUAUUUCAAACACAUUCAUAUCAGCUGUUACGUUUGUUCAAAUUAAGUUAAUGCCACGUCAUAUGAUCUAUAUGGCAUUUAUUGCAAUCAUGAAUUCAAUAACAAACAUAAUAUAUGGUUGGUUAUGGUUAUUUUCUGCUAAAGGUUUACCAUUCAUCACGAAAGGCGAAAUGUAUUUUAUUAUAAACAACGUUUCACCGAUGGUAUGUAGAAUACAUCGAUUCAUCUAUUCAUCUGUGUCAACAUGCAUGUGUAAUUUAUUAGUUUGUGCUGCGUUGGAUCGUUUCUUUUGCAUAUAUUUUCCAAUAUUAUUUAAUAAGCUACCGAAAUAUUAUGUUUGGUUUGCAUGUGGUGCAGUCUAUCUGUUGAGCUUCCUGAUGAUGUUGCCAGUACUCUUCAUAAGUGGUUGGUAUAUUGUUGAAUCAAAAAUACAAUGUUCUUUAGAACCAAAUCAAUAUGCAAUUCGAUUAUACCAUGCAUUGUUUUCAAAUUUAGGCUGCGUACAAAGUCUAAUAUUAGUCAGUAUUAAUGUGGCAUUUCUUCUACGUAUACGUAAACAUGUAAAAGAUACAGCUACAAGAAAGAUGAGUGUAACUGAUCGUAGACAAUUACAUACAACUGUAUUCUUUUUAGUCUACUCAGCAUCAUAUACUUUAACAUCGAUUCCGCAAGCCAUCGCUUACAUUAUUGGUAGAUAUAGUGAUAUUAGAAAUGCGUUGAAUCAGUCCAAAUUUGCAAUUCAAAUAGCAAAUAUAUUUUGGAAUUUACAUUUUACACGUGAAUUGUUUGAUUUUUUUAUUUACUUUAAAUAUUUUAAACCAUUUCGUCUAGUUGUACUAGAUAUAUGUAGACCAUGCUACAAACCGAAAAUGAAUGAUACUAAACAAAAAGUUUAAUAGAGUACAUGGAAACAAUAAUAUUAUCAAGAAUUUUGCUGAAUCAAUAAAACAGUCGUUUAGUGUGAAAUAUUAUUGCAAUUUAAGAUUAUCAAAUCAUAAUUUGUUUGAAAAUAUUCCUCAGAUCAAAUUACAAAACAAGAUUAUUCAUGAACUGUUGAAACACAUUUGAACAUUACUCAUAUGACGGGGUAAAAAGACGAUAUUAUUCAAUGUGAGAAGUGUGAACUUUGUUCAAUGUGACAAUUCUAUUCCCUGUAUCAAUUCGGGUGAAGCAUAUUUAUCAAGCUUUGUUUUCAUACAAACCCUAUGUAUUUCCACUUGUAUUAGUAUAAUGUGUGUGCAAAAUCUGGUGAA